GAGUAUUCUCUCAUUCCCCUGUAAAGUGUAAACAGACCCGCGAACUCUCGUAAUCUCUCCCUCUCUCUCUGCUCCCUCCCUCGUGGACGUACACCCAGACUUUCAUAAUCUGUCUCACCUAAUCUCUCUCUAUCUCUCUCAAACACCUCUACAAAUACAACUCACAAAUACAACACAGACUUCGAUACUUUUGUAUAUACAGUCAGGAGCUUUAAUCGAUCCAAUGGCAACUAGAAAUAGAACAAGCUUAUUUAAAAAUUACAGAACGACAUUAAACAACAAUCGCGUGCCAGUAUCAUCUUCAUCUACGUUCAACACUGCUGUCAUUGAAAUGUCGCCUCUCGUUCCUUUCUCCAAUCGAUCUUCUUAUGCUCCUCUCUCUACUACUGACGAUCCAGGUCCUAGCAGUACAGAUGCGUUUACUAUUGGCUUGCCUCCAGACUGGGUUGAUGUUUCUGAAGAAGUUUCUUCUAAUAUACGGAGCGCUCGAGCAAAAAUGGCAGAGCUAGCCAAGGUUCAUGCAAAAGCUUUAACGCCUUCUUUUGGAGAUGGAAAAAAGGAUCAGUAUAUAAUUGAAGAACGUACUCAGGAGAUUACAGCUCUGUUAAGAAAGUCAGAAAAGAAGCUAAAGAAACUUUCUGAUGGUGGGCCUUCUGAGGAAUCAAGUAUCCGAAAAAAUGUUCAGCGCUCUCUCGCAACAGACCUUCAAAAUAUAUCAGUGGAGCUUCGUAAGAAACAUUCCUCUUAUUUGAAUCGCUUACGUCAGCAAAAAGAGGAUCAUGAUGGGCUUGACUUGGAGAUGAAUUUGAAUGAAAAUAAAUCCAGAUUGGCAGAUGAUGAAUUUAGUGAUGUGGGUUUUACUGAACAUCAAAUGACUAAAGUAAAGAAAAGUGAGCACUUUACAGCUGAAAGGGAAAGAGAGAUAAACCAGGUGGUGGAAUCAGUGAACGAGCUGGCCCAGAUCAUGAAAGAUCUAUCAGUCCUUGUGAUAGACCAGGGAACUAUUGUUGAUCGGAUAGACUACAACAUUCAGAACACUGCUGCAUCAGUAGAGGAAGGCCUCAAACAACUGAAAAAGGCAGAGAGAAGCCAAAAGAGUGGGGGAAUGGUGAAAUGUGCAACUGUUCUUGUUAUUCUGUGCUUCAUCAUGCUAAUACUCCUAAUCCUCAAGGAAAUACUCUUCUGAAUGUAUAGCUGCUUUUUAAAGUUGUAUUAUGUUGUUGAAGGAAGAUCUACUUAGUUUUUACAGUUGUUACUUGUUAGUGUUAGGACUAGAUAGGUUAAUGUUGUAAUUAGAUCCCGGGUUUUGAAAGUUUCACAGGGAGCUCACCUGAAUGUAUGAACUGAAUUCAGAUUAGGGAGCUCAUCUGAAGAGAUGAACGGAUGUCAGAUUACAUCAAAGUUUUGGAUUUUGUUUA